AUGAGCAGAUUCUGGGGCUCAAAGGCCUCUCAACAGGAGCCUGCUGAGCAAAAGGACGAUAUUUCGCGCACAGUCUCUGCUUCAAACAAUGAUCCUGCGGCCUCCGCCACCCAGGCCUCGGGUACGGCAUGGUUAGCUGGACACCUGAACCACCUCUCACCGGAGCAGGAGAAACAACUUGAAGGAUUCAAAACGGUCUGCGCUGAACGGGGCUACUAUACUGCUGCUGUAGAACAGACCGAGGGCACGGAAGCCAAGCCGGCGAGCCACGACGAUGCGACUUUAUUGCGAUUCCUGCGGGCCCGUAAGUUCGAUGUCGAGGGUGCUUGGGCCCAAUUUAAAGAUACGGAGGAUUGGCGCAAGACAAAUGCUCUCGAGGAGUUGUAUGCAAACAUUGGUGUGGAUUCGUACGAGGCUACCCGGCGCAUGUAUCCUCAAUGGACUGGUCGUCGCGAUCGCCGUGGUAUCCCCAUCUACGUCUUCGAAAUCGGCCACCUGACCUCCAAGGAGAUGGCCAACUAUAACAGCACCUUGGCCGAUGGAGUCCCAGAAUCCCACAAAUCAUCUUCCACCCCGGCGCGCUUGCUAAACCUGUUCGCACUAUACGAACACCUCCUUGGCUUUGUCAUGCCUCUCUGCACAGCGUUGCCCCGACCCAACCCCGAAACCCCCAUCGUCACCUCCACAAAUAUUGUUGAUGUGAGCGGUGUGGGCCUGAAGCAGUUCUGGAACUUGAAGGGUCACAUGCAGGAUGCCAGUGUAUUGGCAACAGCACACUAUCCCGAGACUUUGGAUCGUAUCUUCAUUGUUGGUGCUCCAAGCUUCUUCCCCACUGUUUGGGGCUGGAUCAAGCGCUGGUUUGACCCAGGAACUACCUCCAAGAUUUUUAUUCUCUCUGCUGCCGAGGUGAAACCUACACUUACAUCGUUCAUGGAUCCAGCCAGCAUCCCUAAGCGCUUUGGUGGUGACCUAGAAUGGGAGUGGAAUGAUUUGCCCAACCUAGACGAGCCUGCCCAUGAAUUGCUACAGGGCGUGGAACAGUCCCCGGCUGCGGGUAAGACCAAGCCGGAGAUCCUCAAGGGUCCUAUGUUGUUCAAGGGCACUGAGAUUGAGAUUCUGGGAUCUGAAAACGGCAAAGACCGGCGGGUUACAGUCCCAGUUCAGCAAAAGGAGUCUGUCAGUACCCCUGUAAAAGACGAUGCUGAGCCAAUACCUGAUGUUGAUAACGAGAAGGUUGGCUUGGAGAAUGUGGCUGUCGAUCCUGUACAGACCGAAGAGACAGCGACUGGAGUAUAG